CCAUCGGCACCGAGCCACCGACGCGCCGUGCAAGCUGUCUCACGCCCGGCGGUGGCAAGCACUACUUUGACCUGUCUACGCUCUCGCAAAUGCAUGUCCUCGAUUUCCCAAGACGGUCUUCAGGAGCAGGCGAACUCCUUCUACGCGGCACUCGCUCGCACAGCGACCCGUAGCCUUGCCUUGUACUUCUCGCGACCUGUACGCCUCUUUCGUCCAGCGAAAGUCAAUGGAUGGCAGACCCUCAAGAACCUAGCGCUGCAUCAUGGGAAAUCACUCUCGCCUCAGUAUCUGUCGUGGUUGAUCAAGCAGGAGGGGUUUAUGGUGAUACCAAAACACUUCAUCCCUCCUAUGCUCGUCAAUGGGGCCCUCGGCUAUGUGCUAUGGUCCACGUAUUCUGAAGUCUCUGAACUUCUCGAUCCCCAUCUCUCAGACUGCCCGAUCACAGUGGCUGCAAUAUCUGGGGCUGCUGCUGGCGGAAUGCAAGCCAUCGUUGCAGCGCCUGCCGAGAAUGUUCGUCUUGCAAUCGAAGGGGGCUCUUCAUCGGCUUCAGGGUGGUCUCACGCGUGGAAGGAGGUUUUUCGUGGUACUAGAGCCGCUGCGACACGGUCUCGACUGGAAGAGGUGCACGAGGCAAGACAAGUCCGUGAUUGGAUGAAGGAUGUCGGAGAAAUGGCCGGGCGUGGAUGGGACGGAUGGGCCUGGGGUUGCGCUAAGGACAUAUGUGGCUUUGCCCUCUUCUUCUCCAUAUUUGAGGUAACAAGACGUGCUGCAAUUAAAGCGAAGGCGGCUACAUACCGUUUGACACAAACGUCGGAGGUGCGACAGAGUACGAGUGAGCCUCUGCGUAGGCAUGCUCCGAGGACUGCUCACGCUGUCACCCUCGUGACUGGCGGAGCAUUUGCUGGAUUGGCAUAUGAAGUGGCUUGCAGACCAUGGGACGUGGCCAGAAAAGUGGUGCACAUAGAUAGGGUGGCUUCACCGUCGCCAAAGCAUUCCGCUGUAGAAAUUGUACUACAGAGACUUCGACAGGACGGGCCACUCUCAUUCUUUCGCGACCCGUACUAUGUCCCACCUCAUGAGGAUACAUCCCUCACACCUCUUCGUCGUCGGCUGUACUCUGCUUCUCGUACCCUAGCUCGUGUUGGGCCGUGGGGUGUAGGUUUCCUUGCAUGGGAAGCAUUUGGGCCUGGUAUUUCAUAGUCACCAACAUAUAUUCCAGUUUUGAGCAGAAUCGUACACAAUAAGGCGAGACGUGGUGA